AUGAACCUUCUCAAGGUGAUUCCGCCAAAUUCCACGCUGUUUCGAGCGUGGAGACGACACAAGUGGUCAUCAAGUCGGUUGCCAGGCCUUCUGAAAUGGCUAAGCGACGGAGAGUCAGCCAAGAAAACGGUGGCGACGUCGAGGAGCGGUCUUGUGGCGUUAAAGUUGCGGGACGAUUGGCACCUCAAGUCGAAGAUCCUAAAGUUGCUGGACGGAAGCGCCAGCGCAAUGCCAAAGAAGGUGUAA